AUGCUCUUGCGAUUCAGGUGGAUUCCUGUUAACAAGAGUGGCUGGCGCGCGGAGUCUGCAAUGAGCGGCCUGUGUUUGAAGAUGUACCAGCCUUCAUCUACAAUGAGGCAUGAGAGUUCUACCCUUUUUUUUGAGAUGAGUGCAGAAGCCUUGCGAACAGAUGCGCUGCAUUGCUGGGCACGAGCAGGGGGCCAACCCCGGCGAAGUCCGGCGUUGAGGGGCAGGAUGGCGCUUUGCAUCGGCUCUUAUCAAGGCCCUAGGAUUCCACAUGUGGAACACGGCCGAGAUGUGACG